AUGGAUCAUCAACGAAUGGACGACUGGGAAACGCAGGUCUGGAAUGAGGACACUAUUGACCCCUCCUGGUUCUCCAACUUCCUGGCAACCGAUGCUAGCCAGGAUGCACCUAACCCUGCAUCUGGUGCGCCUGCCGCAUUCAGCGUCGACGACGACUUGGCAAUCGACCCGAACUUCCACGAUUUUACGUUCGAGGACACAUCACAGCCAAUGAGCACCGUAACUUCACCAAGCUAUCUGUUCGAUACAUUCCAACCGGCUGAGUUUCAUGAACGCCCACCAGCGCAACGGCAUCACACACUCCCUCGCCGUCGAAGCAAGUACUUUAUGCGUAGAUCAACUGGUACCGCCAGCCCGAUAGUGAUACCCAGUGGGAGUCCCCGACACGAAGAAGGUCAAUCAUUAGCUAUUCAGCGGUGGCGGAACUCGCCACCUGAAGACGAGGCUGCGUCACUGUCAGCCAUCUACCACGCCCUGGAAGACAGGCCCGUAGGUAUUUCUCCACGUAUCAGCCGACCGUCUAGUCGCGACGCAUUUCGCAAAUAUCGGGGACCUUCAUCAACGACCAGCCUCGACAGCGCUGCGAGUGAAUCUUCAUUGCGAUCCGUGAACUCGAGCCACUCGGCCACGUCACAGUCGAAGCGUCGCAGCCAGGCCACUAAAACGCGGAACAAGGGUAGAGUAAGGGGCAACAAAAUGAACGACCCAGAGCGCAUUUUCAAAUGUACAUUCUGUUGUGACACCUUCAAGCAUAAGUACGACUGGACACGCCACGAGAAAUCCCUGCAUUUGAACCUUGAAAGCUGGAUGUGUACGCCGCACGGAGCCUCUGUGGUGCUACCCCUAACCGGGAGAGUACAUUGCGCCUACUGUAGUGCACUAGACCCGACGCCUCAGCAUUUGCAGCAACACAACCACGCGGCAUGCACCGACGGCAACAAUACUCCCCGUAUCUUCCACCGAAAAGAUCACCUCACGCAGCAUCUUCGCCUAGUACAUGGACUUGAAACAUUACCUCUAAUCGACGACUGGAAGCUUGAGACCAUGCCAGUAAAAUCCCGUUGCGGCAUAUGCAAUAUAAAUAUGAAUAGCUGGGAUGAGCGAGCGGACCAUCUAGCUGCCCACUUUCGCGAGGGCAAGACUAUGGCCAAUUGGAAAGGCGAUCACUGCUUCGAGCCUGCUGUGGCCGCUCGCGUCAUCAACGCAUUUCCACCUUAUCUACUUGCCGAACAAGCCAAGACUGUCGUCCCUUUCUCAGCAACCAAUCCAGGUUCGAUCGAUCAUACAAAGCAGUUAGUCUCCCGCAUUCAACUUGAAGAGCUAGCGCCAGAGCCUUCUACAGAGACCGCACAUACACCUGAUCAACAAGCCUUUGAAGACUCCCUGGCGGCUCUUCGAGAAUUGUCAACACAACACGAUCAUGACUUCGCUACCGUUCUUACACGCCAUCUCAGUCGCUUUGCAAGACAGCAGAUGUUAUCAGGCAUUAUUCCAACGGACGAGAUGUUUCAACGCGAAUCGCGAAGAUUGUUAUACCAGGAUGCGGAUGAUGCGUGGAACCAAACAGUAGCUGAUAAUCCGAAUUGGCUACAGGACUUUCGUCGUCGUAGUGGGCUUGAAGGAAGCCCCAGUACAUGA